AUGCCUUCACCAAACGCGAAAAAAUAUGUUCUUGAUGUUAUGGUUUUCGCAUUAUCUCAGGUGGCACUUUAUUAUGCUGUAAAGUACGUGCUUAGUAGCUUAGAUCCUAUGAAGGAUAAAAAGAAAGAAGCCAAAGCAAAAAGUGAACAGAUGAAGAAUACAAAAUUAAAUGAAUACGAAGAAGUGAUCUUGUCUGAAGUAAUUUUUCCGGAUGAGAUUUCUGUUAGUUUCAAACAAAUUGGAGGUCUUGAUCUAAUCAUCCAAUCUCUUCGAGAAUCGGUUAUAUAUCCUUUAACUUACCCAAAACUGUUCACUUCAACUUCUGGAUUAUUGGGUGUUCCUAAAGGAGUUUUACUCCAUGGUCCACCUGGAUGCGGAAAAACCAUGCUUGCAAAAGCUCUUGCACGGGAAUCCGGAGCCACUUUUAUAAACCUUCAUGUAUCAACGUUAACAGAUAAAUGGUUUGGUGAAUCAAAUAAACUUGUUUCUGCUGUUUUUUCUGUUGCAAAAAAAUUACAGCCUUGUAUUAUUUUUAUCGAUGAAAUUGAUGCAUUUUUAAGAGAAAGACGAAGCAAUGAUCAUGAGGUUACUGGAAUGAUGAAAGCCGAGUUUAUGAGUUUAUGGGAUGGUUUGACUACGGAUGAUAAUACACGCAUAAUCGUCCUUGGUGCUACAAAUAGACCUAAUGAUAUCGAUUAUGCUAUUCUUCGUCGUAUGCCAAAACGAUUUGCUAUUAGUUUACCUAACGAAGAGCAGAGGAAAAACAUUUUAGAGAUUAUGCUUAAAGAUCAAAAUUUGGAAGAGAAUUUCAAUUAUGACGAUUUAGUCACGAAAACCAUCAAUUUCUCAGGCAGUGAUUUAAAGGAAGCUUGUCGAAAUGCAGCAAUGAGACCGAUACGAAAAUAUAUGCGUGAACAUUCCACGCCAGAAGGCGAUUUGACAAAUAUUGAUCCCGAGAAAAUGGACAUUCCACCUUUAAAAUUAUCCGAUUUCUUUGUCCCUGAUCAGAAUGUUGGUCAAUCAGCAAAGAAUAUAGUUACAGUAUCAUCAGGCGAUAAUUGGAACAUGGCAAAAAGGUAUCCAGGUCGAAAAAGUACGCAAAGAACGUCUAAAAAGUUUCCAAACGAUGAUGAUUCCAACAAUGAUAAUGAUGGGGAAGAUUUGCUUAAAAUCUUCACAGCUUUUCACGAUCGUAUGGAAAAAAAGACCAAAAAUAAACAAAAAAAUUUAUCAGCUGAAUGUGACAAAACCAUUCAACACGUGUCACAAUUAGCCAAUGAACUGAUUAUACGUCAAAAGAAAGAAAUUGAGGAUAAAAUUGAUGAUUACAAGCGCAAGUUUGAAGAAUUCGAAGAAGAAAAAAUUGCAAUUAUAAAGAAAUUGGGAUCUGAAGAGUCGAAAUAUUUACAAAUGCACGAUAUGAUCAUUGAUGAACUUUCGAACAUUGAAGUUGCUCAAGAGAAAACUAAUCAAACAUUCGAGAAACAACUGGCUUCUUUUAUCGAUG